GCUCUGAGGAUUCGCAAGGACCCAAGGCGGCUUCUGGGCAGGACAAAGCCAAGAUGAAACUCCCCCUACUUCUGGCUCUUCUAUUUGGGGCAGUUUCUGCUCUUCAUCUGAGUUCCUCUUUCCAGGCGGCGUUGAGCCCUCUGGUGCCCAGAGCAAGGUGGGAGCUGUCCGUGGUUUGGGCAGGAACAGGGGCAGAUGUGAACGUGGGGAGGAAGGACAUGUGGCCUUUCUUCCUGCCAAGGGCUAAAACCACCAACUUUGAGAGCACCUUGACCCUGCCCCAGGAUGGGGAGAUGCCAGAACAGGGGGCCGAGGAGCCCCCUCCUGGGGAGACGGCACUGCUGGAGAGAGAGGAGGAGGGGCGCUGUGGCAGUGAAGAUUCCCUGGAAGAAGAGGGGACUGUUCAGUCGGCCUCAGCCCUGGAUGUGGUGGACAAGGACUUUCAGUGUCCUAAGGAAGAGGACACAAUAAAACUGGAGGGCAGCCCUGGGUGCAAGACCUGCCGCUUCCUCGUGGUGACAGCUGCCAGAAAUUUUAAUCAUGCUCAGUCAACUUGCCAGAGGUGCUACCGGGGCAACCUGGCCUCUAUCCACAACUACGGCUUUAAUUCACAAAUCCAAUGCACCGCCCGCUCCUUCAACCAGGGUCAAGUCUGGAUCGGAGGUGUGGCCACAGGCUGGGGCAUCUGCACACGAUUGCACUGGGUUGACCGCAGCUGCUGGAACUUUGCAUACUGGGCUCUCGGCCAGCCCUCGAUCUUCAGUGGCAGAUGUGUGUCCAUGUAUACCUCAGGAGGCCAGUGGAGUCUGUCUAACUGCAACGCGUGCCUCCCCUUCGUCUGUUCCUAUUGAGCCAGUUCCAGCCGGGAGUUCAGAGCUGCUUCCUCCUGGGCAGCCGCCUCCCUCCCCUGCCUGCUGCCCCUCCCUCCAGCUCCUUGCAAUAAAAUGGCUUUA